GGGUUUCAUAUCAUAUCAGUAUCCAUCUACAGUCUACAAAGAGGAGGAUUCAAAAAUCUCUGCGACUGCGAUUUAAGAUAGAGAAAUGAAACCUGUGGUGGGAAUGGUUGUUUCAAACAAAAUGCAGAAAUCGGUUGUGGUCGCCGUCGACAGGCUGUUCCAUCACAAGCUCUACAAUCGUUACAUCAAGCGCACCUCCAAAUUCAUGGCUCACGACGAGCAGAAUCAGUGCAACAUUGGUGAUCAUGUCAGAUUAGAUCCAUCUAGGCCGUUGAGCAAACGUAAGAAUUGGGUUGUUGCUGAAAUACUGAAAAAGGCUCGAAUUUAUCGACCUAUACCUGUUGGUGGUAAGGAUAUUGGUUCAAGCAGUCAAACAGAUGUAUCGCCGUCGUCAACCUCUUGAGGUUUUUCUUAAACUGCAUUUCUCUCCAUUCUCUUGCAGUAUGUAUACAGUGGUGAGCAAAUGUAUGAUGAAUUUAUUAAUCAAUAAACUGUAGCAUGUUCAUCCUUGCUUGGUUAUUGAAUAGAUUUUUGUGGUUAUUACAUGAAAACUAUUGUUCAUGUUAGUGAUCUGAUGAUCAAUUUCAGCAUAUAUGGUGCAAUUUUCUUA